AUGGCGACAGGGCGAGGCGGGGCCGCCGCCUGCCGCAGGGGUGGGCGCCGCAGGCACCUGCCCCCGAGGCCGCAUGGUGUUACUGUUAUCAAACACUUCUCUGGCUCUGAAAACACCAUCCCUUCAUCUGGAAAAGAUGAAUUACCAAACAGCGUGGUCAGUGCUCCAUCAAAGCAAGGGUUUGCUAUCUAUGUAGAUGAACCAGAACAGAAAGAAAACUACAGCUGCCAAGUGGCUGAAGAGCUGGAUUCAAGCCUCUCUCAACUGGAUACUAGUGCGAUGACAUCCAGUAUUCACCUACUGCUGGAUCUGAGUACAGGAUCUCCUAUGAUAGUGGACACAUCCUUCCAGUCCAAGCCUGAGGAUCACAUGGAAGAUGCCGUAACUCUGGCUGUGGAAGAGUAUGCAGAAGACAUUCAUAAGUACCUCCGGGAGGCUGAAGUAAGAUUCAGGCCCAAGCCCCACUACAUGAGGAAACAACCAGAUAUCACAACAGGAAUGCGUGCCAUCUUGGUAGACUGGCUGGUGGAAGUAGGGGAAGAAUAUAAACUUCAGACAGAGACUUUGUACUUGGCGGUGAACUUCCUGGACAGGUUUCUUUCCUGCAUGUCUGUUCUCAGAGGGAAGCUGCAGCUUGUAGGAACAGCAGCAGUUCUUCUGGCUGCGAAAUAUGAAGAGAUCUACCCACCAGAAGUGGAUGAAUUUGUAUAUAUAACAGAUGAUACCUACACAAAGAGGCAGCUGCUAAGAAUGGAACACCUUCUUCUCAAAGUGCUGGCUUUUGACCUAACAGCCCCAACCAUCAACCAGUUCCUCCUUCAGUAUAUUCAGAGGCAUGGAGUCUGUAUGAGAACUGAGAACUUUGCAAGGUAUCUUGCAGAGCUGAGUCUCCUUGAAGCUGAUCCUUUUCUGAAGUACCUUCCUUCACAAACUGCUGCAGCAGCCUACUGUCUAGCAAACUACACAGUGAACAGGUCUUUCUGGCCAGAAACCCUUGCUGCAUUCACUGGGUAUUCAUUAAGUGAGAUAGUGCCUUGCCUGACUGAUCUGCAUAAAGCCUGCCUCGAUGCUCCCCAUGGUCAACUGCAAGCAAUUAAGGAGAAGUACAAGUGCUCAAAGUACCUGCAUGUGUCUCUUCUGGAGCCCCCAGCAGUUCUUCCUCUACAAUAGAGACUGUGGAUUCUGGACUUGAAGAUUACUUUGUCCCAGUCAACAAAGCUGGUCAAAUGUAUCAGAGCACUGCAGGUCAUGUUACCUAUAGUGAUCAGAAUGGUUUUUAGCUGGUAUUUUUUUAAUUACAUGCCUUUUAAAAAGGAUAUUAGACUACAGCUCUUAAUAUAACUGACAGCACUUUUAAUAAAUGUCUUAUUACACUGUUCCUCUAUGAAUCUUCUGACUCCAGUUAAUAUCUACAGUAAGAGUGAGUGGAAAGGGUUGUGUUUUUUACAAAAUUGUUGUGAGCCGUGCUUCUGAGCUAGAUGGAGUGGAUAAAGUGUACUCUGAACCAACACAACCUGACAUCUCUAUAGACAUAGGUGAUUCGCUGCAGUAUUUUCUGUUUGUUCCUCUUCUAUAAGACAAGAUCGGGUGGCCAUGAACAGAACCUAUUUUCUGCAACUCAUUUACCGUAUCAGAGCAAAAACAUCCAGAUGCAAGUGGUCUAUGAACAGUGAACUUGUGUGUAGAAGACCAUCAGUGUUGAGGUAAAAGUCAAACUUCCCUUUAUAGGGGUCAAUAAGGGGUAUUCAUCCACAGUGAGCUGGAGGAAGCGGAGAGAUUGUGGCUGGGAGAGGCUUUGGAACACUUCAGACACUGGCAGACAAACUGCAGUAGAGAGCAAUGUUAAAAGCUAUGAGGUAUUGGAACAGUGGAGUUGAGACAAAUGGCUGCUGUGUCAUAGUUGUGGUAUUGAGUAGUCUUACAGCAUAGCUGUCUGACCUCUCCUGCCAAUAGAGUACUGCUGAAUAUGUGAGCUCUACAGUCUCUAGAUAAACCUCACUCUUAGCAGAAAGGAGGGGGGUGAUGGGACAGGACUAAUUAUAACUUGUA